CGCGAAAGUAAAUGCCAGGAACUGAUUCUCUUGGCGUCACCCGGAUGAACCUGAUGACAAAUCGAGCUGGAAGGAUGUCCACCACUUCCAGAGGACGCCUGGCGGAUGACAAGUGUGAUUUCUGUAUCUCCCUACCACAAUCGAAACGCACCUUCACUUACUCUAUGGCGGGCCUCUUCUUGAGGCUGCUGACCGUUGCACAUUGGUAUGAUUUCUCGAGGCAGCCGCAGAGAGUAAGCAGAAGUAAUCUGUCAUGGCAAUUGGGAAUGUAGCGCUAGCGAAGUACAGCAACCCGUGAGGUGUGAUGCAAAAUCGACGAUGACCCGUUUCUCCAGAGGAAGUGUUUCUAAGUUCUUUUGAGAGCUGUGUAGCUCACUCAUGAUCGAGAGGAGCCUUAACUGGCUCGAUGGUUGCAUCCUCUUCUUGAGACCUCGAUUUCGUUCCGCAGCAGCCUACAGUGGGUAGUGCAGCUGGAUUGUAAUCAAAUCAGUCUCAAAUCUCAGAGUAACUUCUCAAUGUCUCCGCGGAGAUGCUGAUGAUGAACAUGGACUGCCCUCUCUGUGUCCUCAUGGUGUGACCGGCGACUGCAGUGACAGAGUCGUCUGAGCCGCUGGAAGUACUUCGAGAGUGCAAGAUGAAUGGAGCGACUCGAUUGUGCGGGGGAGUUUGCCCCCUGGACGUGGAAGUGUCAGCCUACAGUCGACAAUUCUGUCACCGUGGUGUCGUGAACAAGGUAGAGUUAUCCGCAUAUGGCGUUCUGGGCGUAGUACUCAUGCGCUCGAUCGCGAGGCGACUUGAGCUUCCGAGCAAAUUGGCGAUGUGUGGCAGGGGCGGGCUGUAAGGAUGACACGUGGGGAGCCUUGAGUUGUUUAAGCCCCUAAGCGUUGCGUCGAAAGGUUUCUGGGGUAUAUAUGAGCGAAGUCCGAGGUGGUCUGUCACGACUAUACUUGAACAGGAUCUGUUCUAUAGUACGUACAUCUUGAUCUGUGAUCACUAUCAUAGACAAGUCCCUUAACCCGGACGAUGAGCAGAGGCUUGGCUGCCAGUGCGCGAAUACUGUGAGCUCUGCCGGGCGCAAGCCCUCGCAGGGCUCUGCUUGAUGACCGUCCUGCCGCGCUCAUUCCGCCGGCGGUGAAGGCAGUCAAGCGUUCUGACGGGUAUCCUUUUUCCCCGUUUCCACAUCGCGAUUUUACUCGCGGUUCCUCAACCUUUCAGAACUGAAGCUGCUGGUGUGUACUCAAGUUGUCAACAUAGAGGUGUCGGAACUUGGGGGCUUCUUUGUGCAGGAAACUGUUGUUCAGUCAUUUAGAUUACUCCGUGGUAUUUGUUUUUCUAUUCACACGUCUCGUUUGUUUUGGUUUCGGUUUUCUCACGUUCUCGAUGUAAGUCCUGCUCAGACCUUCUGACGAGUACCUAUGUUUCAGUUGGUCUCCCAUCAAAGAAAUUCAUGCCACCUC